GACGCGGUGGGGGACGGCGACCCGGUCCGGCCCCGGUGGCGAAUAAUAAAAGCGGCGCCGUGCCUCCAUCCCUCACUCCUCCCCUCCCCUCCCCUCCCGUCCCCCGUCUGUCCGUCCGUCCGUCCGUCCGUCCCCUACACAUCUCGUUCCCCAACCAGCGAUAAGGCGGACAGCGACCGAGAGAAGCUCCCUCCUCGCCUCGCCUCGCAUCCUCCUCCCUCCCCUGUCUCCCACCAGCUGAUCCGCGCGCGGGGUCGGGAGAGGAGCGGCGCGUGCGAGAGCCGGCCCUAUAUUCUACCUACCCAUCUAUCUAUCUACGCCGGCAUGGACUCGGAGCACUGGAUCUCGCGCCUGGCCGCCGCCAAGCGGUUCUACGCAGCGCAGCUCGGCCACGCCGAUCGGGCGGGGAUGGACGAGCUGGACAUGGACGGCGACGAGAACGCCGGCAGGCCCGACUUGGCCUGCCCCUACUGCUACGAGGACCACGACGUCGCCUCCCUGAUCGCCCACCUCGAGGAGGAGCACCCCUUCGAGCCCCACGCCGCGCCUUGCCCUAUCUGUUCCGAAAAGGUUUCUAAAGAUAUGCUUAAUCAUAUCACCAUGCAACAUGGGUACUUGUUCAAGAAUCGCCGCAGGUUGCGCAGAUUUGCUGUUCCAGGCAGCCAGUCGCUCUCUCUGCUGAGCCGGGAUCUACGUGAAGCCCAUUUGCAGGUGCUUCUGGGAGGUGGUGGGCAUAGGUCGAGCAACAAUAAUGCGGCAAAUAUUUCAGCUGAUCCCCUUCUGUCAUCAUUUGGCCUUAGCUUCCCAACAUUAGAUGCUGAGGAAACAUCAAAAUUGUCUACUCCUGCUCAGAGUGAUGUACCAGUGCUAAAAGAGGCAGCUGCUCGGCCGUGGCGGUCAAGUAUUGACUUGUCCCUCACAAGGGAAGAAAGGGAGCAAGCCAGCGUGAGAGCGGCAUUCGUGCAAGACCUGCUGCUCUCCACCCUAUUCAGAGACCAAUAACUCAGAGGCAAGCCGAUGUUACCGCUGCCCUGGUGCAGACUCCGAAAGGUUGGUGCCCCCAGACCAAGUCCCCAAAUGUGAUAUCCAUGGAAGAUAGGGUUUGGGCACCCCAGCAAGGAAGGAGGUGCAUCAGAUCAGAGUUGAUGUGGGCAUGAGGUGUCCUAAGUUAUUUGUAGCCGGUCUUUGUGUUGAGUUCCAUCUCAGUUAUCGCACGCGGUCUCGCAGGCGAGAUAGAUAUCUGCGCAGGUCGCGGUGGUGUCUGUACCGUACCAUACCGCUGCUUCUUUGCUUACAAGCAUUGUUUUUGUUGUACCAGUUACAUAAUAAUGUUGUGUUGCUAUGCAACAGCAGAAGGGUAUGCAGUUUACUUAUUUCUA